AUGUUACCAUCAUUCACUAGAAUGAUUUGUCAAGAAAACAUUCAAUGGAUAUCCUGGUUUCACCAAAUUCUGUGGCGACAGGUAGGAGACGAAAUUGCAAAUGAAAGGUGCACUAGAAGUCGUACACUCAAUCCUUUAUACAGAUAUGAAAUGAAGCUUUUGGCAGGUAUAAUUAGGUUUUUGUGCCAAAAGAAGUUUCACAAUUUUUGUCACUUAUUAUUAUUAUUUUACUCGGUGACAUCCUGGAUGACGCAAGCAGUCUUUUUCGAGAACAGCACAGUUUGCUCCACACGAGACUUAACCAAAGUUCAUCUUUACAUCCUACCCGUUUUAUUAACCGCAGCCAACGGGUAUCUUCUGCCACGGUCAAAUCAAAACAAAGGCAUAUAUGCCCGAAAGUAUAUUCAGGUCAAACGCAAACAUUUCAAGAAAGAAUGA